AGUCAAACUACAAUGAAAUGUUGGUGAGGAUUAACAACGGGGAUUAGCGCCUAAAACGUAAUGACAAUUAAGUUAUGGAGACAUGGCUACAGGGUAAAUUGCCCUUGAAGUCAAUUGUACUGCAGACAAUGGUAGUCAUAAAUCAGUCGCUAUGACACGCCUAUCAGAGCCAGAUACUGGAGAACUGACAUGCCCUGAUUAAAUAUACCUCCACAUUCAAUAUUGAGGACACUGCUGACAGAAGGGCAUCAGACCAUUGAAUGUCAUAGUGACACGUUUUUACCAGGCCCAUGUCAGCUGGUUUGCCGCCCUGCCGCAUUAGAUCACUGUCAGUCGGGAAAACGGAUGGUAUUCUCCGAUAUUGUCAUGAAGACCUGCAAUACCAAGGCCCGCAUUUACAGCGUGUUGGUGUUUUGCUGUGGAUUAUUUGUAUUAUACUACUGGAACUGGCAGUACUACAACCAACCAGUAGAACAAACGAACAGGGGCAGUUUAAAGACGGGACUUCUAUAUUUGAAAGAGGAGAUUUUAUGUUCAGGGUCAAUUCACAACAGUUCGACUGCUGCAGACGCAAAGAUGUCCUAUAUCUACCCCAUACAUAAUACAACUUAUAUCUUGGGUGAUCUGAUCCAUGUGCGAAUUGAUCUGUUUGAUGGUUCUGGUAAUCGGAAGUUAUCCGGAGGCGAUGUUUUGAGGGUGUGGAUGGAGGACAAGAAGACUUCAGCUUCCGUUUCUGGUGUCGCGUCCGAUCACAAUAACGGAAGCUACUCUGUCGCUUUUAGAGCUGUGUGGUCAGGAAAAGCCACCAUCAAAGCAUUCCUUGCCACAAGAAGGGAGGAGAUAGUUCUCCUGUAUAAGUUGUACCAAAUAUAUUCAAGUCUCUGGUCGAUACAUGCUGUAUUCAAGGGGGAGAAUAUAACAGAGAGACCAAGAUGUUUUACGAGACCGAACACUCGUGCACAGACACAUUGGUGCAACUUGACUCAAGAAAAUGAUGGAUUUCCCUGGUACUGCAUGAAAUCAAAGAACACCUUGACGAAUUGUGACAUGUGGAUCGAGACGUUCUCUGCAACAAACAUCCACUACGAACUUAAUAAUAGCACUGAAAACACAAUAUUAAGUUGCUAAACUUACGUCAAAACUUACAUCAACCCCUAUUGCCUGUAACAGACUCGCACCACAUCUGACAUGGCAAAGAAAAGCUCCGAAUGGCUUCUUUUACAAUAACAAGUGGAGCUCGCUUCUGUGUAAUGACACGCUGCCUCGAACCGUUGAUGCGUACAGACAUUGCUUGAAAGGAAGGACGCUCUGGCUCCAUGGGGACUCAACAAGUAUGCAGUUCCAUAUUCGUCUUCGCUCCAUCUUGAACUUAACGUCUCAUGCACGUGGACAUACGCCUGUUACGGAUACAGAUUCAACAUAUAAUUUUUCGCUUUCCUGGCAUGCUCACGAAUUACCAUUCUAUCAUGGAUCUCAGCACUACCCGCGGUCAACAAAUCAGGCACAGCACAUCAUGAUGGACCGUCUCCCGAACACAACCAAGGAUAUCGUUGUGUUAUAUAUGUACGUUCAUUUCACGCUUGUCCAUCCGGAUGUGUUUAGGCGACAUAUUCGGAGACUUGUUCCAUCUGCAAAGAACCUCUUGGCACGCGCUCCAAAUGUUACAAUUGCAGUUCGUGGCCCACAUGCAUACUUCAGGGCGAGGAGAGGUAUGCUGUCUUACUGGGGUAUUCUUUAUGCUGAUAUUUGGCAUCAGGAAUUCGCUUCGCUUUGGGACAAAAUUAUUUAUUUAGAUUUCUGGGAUUUGACAAUGGCUAAACCAUCUAAAAAUUUUCACCCACACGUGAACACAGUGAAACAAAUGGUACACAAUAUGAUGUCAUUGUUGUGCUUUAGGACGUGAUAGACUUGUCAAUGCCGACUGUCGUAAUUGUUUUCAAAUAAACAGUAUUCUGGACAUAUCUGCAAUAUGAUUGACAUAAAUAAUCGAUGGGUAUAUUUAGAAAUGGCGUUAUGGUCCUAAAACGUAGUGAAGCAACGAGGCUAGAUCUAAAAUGUGAAUCCUCGUUAGUCUGGAACCUCCCUAGUUCGAAAACCCCUUUAUUCCGGAAACCCCUUUAGACUGGAAACCCCAUUAGUCCGGAAACCCCGUUAGUCUGGAAACCCCGUUAGUCUGGAAACCACGUUACUCUGGGAAUCCCAUUCGUCUGGAAACCCCUUUAGUCUGGAAAUCCCGUUAGUCCGAUCUCCUCGUUAGUCUGGAAAUCCCAUUAGUCUGGAAACACAGUAGGUUUAUAUCAUACAUGUAUGUGCCACCAUUGUGAUCUCAAUACUCCUAAAUAGCCUUGAUACCUCGCUUCAUAACGACGGCUGCGUGUGUAUCAGUAUGUAUACAAUUCCUGUUAUUGCCAUACGAAUUUGGAAUAUACUAAUUUUCUUUAUAGCACAUCUUAAGGCUGACAUUUUAUUGAUUUAACAUGGUACAUAAAAACAAGACCAAAUUACAUUUUCACUGCUAUUAUAAUUAUAAUGUAGAAAGAGUUUGCAAAAUGAUUUCAGAUCGUUCACAAAAAACAGCCCAUGUUUGACCACUUAUCUUUUUGUAUCUGUAUCCAAAUGUAUGCAAAUGUUGCCAUAGCUUGCAAAUUGUAAUAAUUAAAUCAUGCUCAGUUUCAAGGUAUUUCUUCAAGAAUCUUAUUGACUUGUACAUAUUUUCUGAAUGUAGUUUAAUAAAUGCACGUCUGAGUUGAUUAUUCUGAAAA